UCCUGCGCACUGCGAGUCACCGAGGCAAAGCAGGGAGGAGGAGGAGGAGGAGGAGAAGGCGGCUGUUGGCUGGCUAGCGAGGAGAGCUGGCGGCCGGCGGCGGCGGCAGCAGCAGCAGCAGCAGCCCAGACGCAGAGGCAGAGCGACCAUGGGCGCUGCUAGGUAGUAGCCACCACAACUGGGAAACCCCCCUCUUCCCCCCCCCCCCGAAGGACGAGCAACUCCCCCUCUCUCGCCCAAGGGAAGACAGAAGAAGAAGGUGUGCGUGGGGGAGACAGGCUCUUCUGCACUGCGAUCCCCCAGAAGGAAGAAGGGAGUGGAAAAAAGGAGGGGAAGGAGGAGAGGGGGAAAAAAAAAUAAUAAAAAAAAAAGCAGCAAAGCAAACCGGGCGAGCCAAGCGAAAGGAGCAGCUUUUGGGGUGUGUGUUGGUAGCCGAUGCAAGGACUGGAGAGCCUGCCUCAGAGGAGGGGAGCUGCAGCCAGAAGAGAAGGAAGAGGAGCUAAAGGCUGCAUUCGCAUUUACUAGAGAGAGCGAGACAGAAGAGAGACCUGGGGGGGGGGGGGGGCUGGUGAUCAUUUCAGCCCCCCUCAUUAUAGGAUCCUCCCCUGUCGCUUCUCACCCAUCCGUGGCUUUUAUUUUGUAAGGGCUGGGUGGGAGGAGAGGUGGGGGCAACUGUAUUUUAUUUUAUUUUAUUUUUUUAAAAAAAAAUCUGUCCCUACCUCCUGGUCUUUCUGAAAGGCAGGCACACCGAGAGGGAGCGGAUCAAGCCUUUCGGGAGGAAAGACAGACUCCCCACUUUUUAAAAAUACACAGAUCUGGGUUAGCAGCCGCCUCGAGGAUUUUUGUGUGUGGAUUAAACUCUUCGAUAAGAAGAAAGGGAAAAAAAAAAGCAUCAGGACGAGUUGGGCUCUCUUUUUUUUUUUUUUUUUUUUUUUCAAGGAUGUAACAACACUCUUGGAUGCAUUUUUAUUUUUGAAAACAUUUUGAUUAUUCAUUCAAACGUCCACAUUUUAGGGUUUUUUUUUAAAUGCGACGUUAUUUUGGCUCUUUUUGAAAAGAAUCCACCCUAUGUUAUAGAAAUUCCUUUUUUCCCAACCCCCCCUCCCCAAAAAAACCCCUUCUUUUUUGAUGGAAUCUGUGGAUAUGUUAUUACUAAGGAAAUAGGUUGGGGUUUUUUUUUUUAAAUCUUGUGCCUUGGUUUUGCAACAAAUUUUUGGGGGGUGGGGAAGACCUUUAUUAUUUCUUUUUCUUUUUUAUUUAAAACAGUCACCCUCGUCUGAAACCAAAUGUGAUCUAAAGGUUUUGCAAUCGCUUUGACAGACCGGCAUCGGGAGAAGAUCUGUUAUUCCCUUAUCUGUUUGAGGGGGGCAUGUUUUCUGCAAUUCUUCUUUUACGCUGAACAUUGAUUCCUCCUCCCCCAUCUCUCUUAGUUUAUAUUUUUCCCAUUUCUUAUCUAGAGGUGGAAAGUUCUAAAUAUAAACCUAUAAAUUGUAGGAUUUUCAGUGGAUUUUUGAAGGAUUGGAGAGAGACAGAGGAAACCCCCCAACCCUUUAAGAGACUGGCAUAUGUUACAGAUUGUUUUGGCUCUGCCACAACCACCAGCCCUCCUCCCCACUGUAUCCCUAUCAUUUCAGGCUGCUUGUGUUUGCUGCCUGGACUCGGAUCCCGGAUUCUUCAUGAUUUGCGGACGACAUGCUCGUUUUUUAGCCGGGGAACCUUCUUCUCGUCCCGCAUGUUCAGGACCAAACGAUCGGUGCUCGUCCGGCGACUCUGGAGGAGCCGUGCGCCCGGCGGCGGGGAGGAGGAGGAAGGGGAGCCCGGCGAAACAGCAGCGGACAGCCGGGCGCAUGGGGCUGCAGGCGGCCGGGGCUGCUGCAUGGGCAAGUCGGGGAAGAUCACCAAGGCUCACCUCGGCUCGGAGGCGGAAUUGAAGGCGCUGACCCACGCGGUCCUGAAGAGGCUGAAGGAGAAACAACUGGAGGUGCUCUUGCAAGCGGUGGAGUCCAAAGGGGGCGCGCGGACCUCCUGCCUCCUCCUGCCGGGCAAGGUGGACUCCAAGCUGGGUCAGCAUUGGUACUCUCUCCCUUUGCUGCUGGGUAAAGUGUUCCGGUGGCCGGAUCUCAGGCAUUGCUCGGAAGUGAAGAGGUUAUGUUGCUGUGAAUCUUAUGGGAAAACUCACCCGGAGCUGGUCUGCUGCAAUCCCCACCACCUCAGCAGGCUCUGUGAACUAGAGUCUCCCCCUCCACCCUACUCCAGAUAUCCAAUGGAUUUUCUCAAACCAACUGAUUGUCCAGACUCUGUGCCUUCCUCCACUGAAACAGGGGGAACUAAUUGUCUAGCCCCUGGGGGGCUUUCAGAUUCCCAAGUUCUUCAGGGGCCGGGGGAUCGGUCACACUGGUGCGUGGUGGCAUACUGGGAAGAGAAAACACGUGUGGGCCGGCUGUAUUCUGUCCAAGAGCCCUCCCUGGAUAUCUUCUAUGAUCUACCUCAGGGGAACGGCUUCUGCCUCGGACAGCUCAAUUCAGACAACAAAAGCCAGCUGGUGCAGAAAGUCCGCAGCAAAAUUGGCUAUGGCAUCCAGCUGACUAAGGAAGUGGACGGCGUGUGGGUAUACAACCGCAGUAGUUACCCUAUCUUUAUCAAGUCGGCCACACUGGACAACCCCGACUCCAGGACGUUGCUGGUUCACAAAGUUUUCCCAGGAUUUUCCAUCAAGGCUUUUGACUAUGAGAAGGCAUACAGCUUACAGAGACCUAAUGACCAUGAGUUCAUGCAGCAGCCAUGGACUGGAUUUACUGUUCAGAUCAGCUUUGUGAAAGGCUGGGGCCAGUGCUACACAAGACAGUUUAUCAGCAGUUGCCCAUGCUGGUUGGAGGUUAUUUUUAAUAACCGAUGACUUGAGACAGAGUGGACUCAUGACAUUAUAACUACUUUGCUGCUAAUAUUUCCUUCUGAGUGCUUGCUUUUCAUGCAACUUUUUUUUGUUUGUUUGUUUGUUUGUUUUUUGUGUUUUGUGUUUUUUUUUUUUCCCCCUCCCCUGUUUUGAGAAAUAGCUUAUGGAAAGAUUUUUGCCUUGGUAUUUUGAUAAAUAUAUAUAUUUUUUAAUGUGUGAAUGACCAAUAACUCAGAAGGGGGAAGAGAAGAUAUGGGAGGGGAUUACAUAAAAUAAUCAUUUAAUGCCACUGAAAUUGUUACCCUCAGCGAUUGGUGGAAUUCAGUCACAUGCUGUUUGUUACAGCUCCCUCAUGAAAAGGGUUUAUACAUGUUUUUGACACACCAGAGGUCUUCUGCUGCCAGAUGUCUCGUCGUCCCCCUUGUCAUGCAGAGUGCUCGCGCACACAGGGCCAUCUUGCUGUAGCUUCUGCCUCUAGCAGUGGCACAUUCCCGCCAUUUGUCAAAGUGCAGCACCUUCACUCCUGUGAUGGUAAACCAAGUUCCCCCCCAGUGGCGACCACCCUGCAUUGUCCCUGACACAGAACAAAUGUAUGUGCCGGUGCACCCAGGAGGCAUCAGGAGCCAAUGCAGCAAAGUGAAACUCUAUCGUUCAGUUCCUUGCUCCUCUUUGUUUGUUUUUUUUUUUCAUCUUUUUUCAUGUAUGCUUGUUGCUUUAUUUAAAGAUCACGUCUUGUCACUGUUAUACCAACAGUCCAUGGGGGAAGCAUGGGUUUUGGAAGAUGCAUGCCCACACUUUGAGUGCUUUUAUUGUUUUAUUGAUACUAUGAGGAAAAAACCAUGCAUGGCCCAUGCUUUUCAAUUUGAGCUGAGAUGCAACCUUGGUGAGAAAACAGAAGCCUACAAAAAGCAAGCAAACAAACAACAAAAAAACUGGGGGAAAAAUGUAUUCAUGAUCUUUGGUCCAUCAUAACCUGCCUUGAUCAGGUUAGAGCGAUACCAGUCGUAUCCAGAAAUGCAGUCGCUCUUUCAUUUCUUCUUGAAUUCAUACACUAGUAUGAUACUUUUACACUGUUCUUAGCUCAAUGAGCAUGUUUAGACCUUAACAUAAGCUAUUUUUCUAAAUAUAAAGGUUUAAAUGAACAAGAGAAGCAUUCUCAUUGGAACUUUAGCAUUGUAGUGCUUUGGAAAUAAAACAAAAGAAAAUGGAAAAAAAAGGACUCCUUAAAAAAAAAAAAACCUUGAGAUUUAUUAAAGAAAAAAUGUAUUUUAUGUUAUAUAUAAAUAUAUUAUUACUUGUAAAUAUAAAGACGUUUUAUAAGCAUCAUUAUUUAUGUAUUGUGCAAUGUGUAUAAACGAGAAAAAUAAGAAAGAUGCACUUUGCUUUAAUAUAAAUGCAAAUAACAAAUGCCAAAUUUAAAAAAAAACACGAGAUUGGUGUUUUUUUCUAUGGGUGUUAUCAUCCAGAUGAAUGUUUUUUCUAAAGGAGUUUAUGUUCCAUUAAAAAAUAAAAAUGUACACUUGAGCUGA